CUCAGGAUGCAAGAGUAGCGCGGUGGACAGUGCGGCUGCAUGUUUCUGGAGGACAAAAAAAGUUGCGCAAAAAGCCCAACCCUGUGCCAAGAGACCUUUUUUGGUUUUUUAGUUAGGUGAGUGGCACGAUGUCGGCUCUACGGAGGAAAUUUGGAGGGGACUAUCAGGUGGUGAACACCAGCAGAAGCAUGACUUUUUCUGCACCGGUGAAGAGGAAGCGGCAGCGCUUCGUGGAGAAGAACGGCCGCUGCAACGUCCAGCACGGUAACCUUGGCGGGGAGACCAGCAGGUACCUCUCGGAUCUCUUCACCACGCUGGUGGAUCUCAAGUGGCGUUGGAACCUGCUCAUCUUCAUCCUCACCUACACCGUGGCGUGGCUGGUCAUGGCUUCAAUGUGGUGGGUGAUCGCGUACAUCCGUGGAGACUUAAGCAACGGUGGCCACGACCCGUCCUACACCCCGUGCGUCGCCAAUGUGUACAACUUUCCCUCCGCGUUCCUCUUCUUCAUCGAGACCGAGGCUACCAUCGGCUACGGCUCGCGCUACAUCACAGAAAAGUGCCCAGAAGGCAUCAUCCUCUUCCUCUUCCAGUCCCUGCUGGGCUCCAUCGUGGACGCCUUCCUCAUCGGCUGCAUGUUCAUCAAGAUGUCGCAGCCGAAGAAGCGCGCGGAGACGCUCAUGUUCAGCCAGGACGCGGUGAUUUCGCAGCGGGACGGAAAGUUGUGCCUCAUGUUUCGAGUGGGGAAUCUGCGUAACAGCCACAUGGUGUCCGCGCAGAUCAGGUGCAAACUCAUCAAGUCUAGACAGACCCCAGAGGGAGAGUUCCUGCCCCUGGAUCAGUGUGAGCUGGAUGUAGGAUUUGGCACGGGGGCCGAUCAACUUUUCCUGGUGUCACCUCUUACCAUCUGUCAUGAGAUCAACACCAAGAGCCCUUUCUUUGAUCUCUCCCAGCGCUCGCUCAUGAACGAGCAAUUUGAGAUAGUAGUUAUUCUGGAGGGCAUUGUGGAAACUACAGGAAUGACUUGCCAAGCGAGAACAUCUUACACUGAGGAUGAAGUCCUUUGGGGCCAUCGCUUUCUCCCUGUCAUGUCCCUUGAAGAAGGAUUCUUCAGAGUGGACUACUCUCAAUUCCACAACACCUUUGAGGUUCCCACUCCUCCCUACAGUGUCAAAGAACAGGAGGAGAAAUCCUCUCUGUCAUCACCAAAUCCUAUACCGAUGGCUCCCACUCUUCCCUCCCCAGUGCUGGGCAACAGAGUAGUUCGCCGGGAAAGGCUCCUGUCAGCCGACCAUGCAGAGCACCCUGAGGGCCAGGCCUCUAGGCUGCCAAGCAAACUUCAGCGGAUGAGCUCCACCAAAGAGGAGCACCUGUGGAGGGCGCUAAAGACAGGGACGGCUUUGCCCGGGGGUAAAGCCUCCAGCACAGGAGACCUUUCGCUCAGUAUCCAGCGGUUUAGGUCCAGUUCCAUCCCAGCAGUGAAGCAAGGACAGCCUGAGGAGCAAGUUAAACUCCUGUCCCUCGACCUUGAUGCUGAGGAAGGGGAUUUGGUGAAACACAGACAGCAAGCAGCAAUUAACACCAUUGCAACACCAGCACCAGUCCAAUUCCCCUUGGUGGGGAAUCGGCCAGAAGACAAUCUACCCCCAAAACUGCGUAAAAUGAAUGCUGAUCGCUAAAAAAAGCUCUAAAAACUCAAAAAAGCUUCAAGGGCAUUGCAUAGAAACAAAGACUUUGACUGUGAGAUAGGUUAUCUUGAUUUCCCCCCUCUGCAGUUUUCGUUCUUUACCUAUACCUUAUUGCAAUCUCUUUACUAUCUACAGAUCGCCACAAAUAGGACGAUGCCAAUAAGCCAUCCAUCCGCUCAAACUGUGAGUCAGUUUUGAUAGAUCACCAUCUGUGCCCCCCACAGACUUCUAACAGUUAUCUCUGUGUGCGUGUUUUUUUAUUUUCUACACAGUUACAUCACAUGUUCUUCAUAAACUACUGUACUUUUUUCAACUAAAAAAAACAAAGUUAUGAGCUAAUAAGCAAAACUGGCCAUUUGCUACCCUUUAUUACAAACUGUCAAGUGACCAGGCACAACUUAGCAAAAUAAAAAAAGAAAACUGUUAAAGCAGUAAAUAAGAGGUUUUUGCAGUUUUGCAAUUGAAGGUUUUUUGUGGUGUUAAUAUGCAUUGUUGUUUUAACAAGAAUUGACCUUUUUUCAGGAUCUUGCCUUUAGAGUUAGCCUAACUCAGGAUUAUAUAUGUAGCCAUAACUGGUUGUACUCAUGAUUAUGUAUGAGCUACACCUGCAGAGGAGAUUAGGAGAAACCAUAGCUUGGUUAAUGAAUUGUUUGUUUAAUCACAAACAAGGAAUGAAAAGAAUUCAAAACAAUUAAUAAAUUGGGUUGUAUUUCCUCAGUAGCCUGUAUAAAGGACUAACAUUUAGUCAAAAUCCCCAAGUCCAAAUUUAAGUUUGUGUUUCUUAGUCUUACCCAAAAAGCAUAGAACCCCACUUCAAUACUUAAGUUUAGCUGCAGCUUUAAAUCUUGCAUGCACCUCUAGUUGUAAUCCCAACUUUGCAACUGGAGAUCAUUCAGAGUUAACAACAAACAAUCACUUAUUAAUUAAAUUAAUUAAAUUAGCAUAAAAAUGCUAACGACUCCACCAUUUUCUUUACCACAUUUGGUUAAUUUUAAUCUAUUAAUAAUGUCCCACUGUGAAAAUUACACUCAUACAUGGUUACAAAACAGAGUGCAGAGCAGUAUGUCAUCCCUUCACAGCCCAUUAAAUACCAUGAAACUCAUAGAUGCAUACUGUUACUUAAUGUCUACAAUUGAAUUAUAUCUAAUGAAAUUAGUCUGAGUAAACAAAUCCCACACUAUUAUUGUAGGAAACAAGAAAUCGCCUCUGUUUAUGAAACUACAUAUGAUCACUGCAAACUACACAUGCACAUAGAGACCGAUUCUAGAGAGAGAGAGAGUUAUGACAGAAGAGACUGAUUAUUAAGUUAUUUACCUAAUCACAUUUUUUGCAUCUCAAUAUCCAGAAAAAAAGCUAAGUUAUGAAAAAACAGUUUGGGUAACUUUAUUAUUGUUAAUACACAAAUAUGAUAAACCUCCAAAAGAUUGUGAAUUUGAAUAAUGAACUUCAAAAUAAAAAUGUCCUUAAUGGAGAAAAGCUUGAAAACUUUGCAAGACUUUUUUUUUAUUAUUAUUAUUAUUAUUCAAGCAUUUUCCAAAGGAAUGUGGAACAACUAUUUAUUAAUUUGUUUGUUUAGAGUUUGAAAAAUGGAGAGGAAUACAAUAUUGUCUGGUAUUGCUUUGAGUUGUUGGCUUUGUCUCUAUCCAGAAUGAUUAUCAAAUUCUGCUGCUUAUGUGAUUUGCAACUAGGACCGAGUCAACUCAGGUGCAUUCUCUUUUCCAGGUUGAAAGUCCAUGAAAAUAGAAAACAGCAUUAUCAGCAUAUUUUCCCACUUGCUCUGUUAAUUUUUUUUUUUAAUUAUGACUGUCAUGUUUUAAACUAUGUAGUCCACAUAAACUACAAUUAAAUACGUUUUUUAUGUAUUAACAUAGAAGGGAAAAGGCUUAAAUAGUUUUAACUUCCUAAUGUGUAAAAUAAAUGCUGUUCCUUUCAAUAAAUUUUGGUGAUUUCAAGACUCUUGACUGGUUAGACAAGAAAAAAAAAUAGCUUAUUUAUUUGAUCCUCUAAAUUUUAGCUCUAUAUUUGCUCUAUUUCUACCUUCACAUACAAUAUUGGUAACACUUUAUUUGAGGUGUACAUAGGACUGACAUUACACUGUCAUGUUCAUCAAGUAACAACUGUAAUAAUCAAAGGAGUCUUGAAUGCUUAAGACUGUUAUAUUAUAUAUGUAUUUGUAAUUUUGUAAAUAAUGCAAACUAGACAUUGUUUAAAAUAUGACAAAUUGCCUUAACAGAGAUUGAAAUGUCUUUGUAAUGAUAACUUGGAAUUAAGAAAGAAAUCAGGGUCUGAUUGAAAUCACAGGUCUAAUUAUAAACAUUAAAAAAGUUAUUUAAAUGCAUGUGUUGAUAUUACACUCCACUAUAUAGGUGAUGAGUCUCAACCUUGAUUGUAAUU